GCGGCUGUGAAAACAUCACGUGACGGGCUUCCGUAAACAGUUAACAGCAGUUUACUUUCACUUUCCAGCAGCAGCUGACGCAGUUUAAUUUCUGUCUCCAGACUAGAAGGUAAGCGUGUGGUUUUCAUGUCAGGUUUCUUUCUGUUGCUCUCCAGUGACUCGUGUUAUGUGACUGUUUGUCCAUCGGUGUCCAAAGUGUGUGAAUGUGCGACAUGAGACGUCGAGUGCGUCCGUCGACACGAUCAACCGCUCGGCUCUUGUGCUUUUUCGCGGAAGACGUUUGAAAAGGCGAGUGAAAUGUGCGGCUUUGCCAGUGAUGGUAACAGCUGCUAGCAGUAACAGCAAUCAGUGGGAAAGUACACCAGUAAACAUGUAAACAUCAGCACUUUGUUUGUUUUUGAGAAAACACUUGGCGUUACCGUGAGGAUCAGAGUAGAGGCGCACUGCAGUUUUAUAACACAACACGGAAAUGUGAAGAUUUGGACCCGAAUCAACCAGUAACCCUACUAAUUAUCUAUUUAAAUUGAUUUUCAGCAGGAAAUAAAGUUUUUUAGGGGUUUAGUUACUCUUCAAAGAGCCUGAAAGUCAAAAAGAUCUUCAAGCAGCCAUUAAACUGCAGCUGUCAACAUUUCUCCUGUCAGUCAGCUCUGCUCUCUCCAAUCAGAACGCUUCAUGUCUGUCACGUGACUGCUGAUCGACGCUGUGUGACAGCAUGUGGUUGUGUUUGUGUGAAGGUGUGGACUCUGCUAUGCAUCAGUGUGAGGAGACAGAGGAGGGAGUCCCUCCCUCUAAAACCACUCUGUGUGGGGAACAUGACAGCCAGACCAAAGCUCAGAGCCCCGAGCAGCAGCAGAGACCAGACUGUCCAGAACCUGAACCCAGCUGCGUGUCCAUCAGGAGCCACCAGUUCAUGGAUUUACCAUCACAUUUUAAAGGACAACGACUUCCUUCAGAGACUCGUGUUCACCAGCAGACAGCAGACUCUCCUGUACCCAGCUGUGUGUCCAUGAAGAGUGACCGGUCCAUGGUUCCACCUAUUGACUUUAGACGUGGACACUCUGCUGAAGGAAGUGUUCACCAGCAGACAGCAGACUCUCCUGUACCCAGCUGUGUGUCCAUGAAGAGUGACCGGUCCAUGGUUCCACCUAUUGACUUUAGACGUGGACACUCUGCUGAAGGAAGAAUUGAGCAGCAAAAGGCAGAUGUUGGUGAUGGUCAGUCUGUCCAGCAGAAUCCAACAGAUCUGGACUCCAUAUUCAUGCAUCUUGAGGAGAACAUUGUCACCUUUGUGAAGAACGAGCUGAAGAAGUUACAGAGGGUCCUGAGUCCUGAUGACCCAGAAAGCUUAGAGAGGCAGAGUGAGGAUGAGGAGGUGAUGGAUGGUGAGGAUGAAGAGCAGAGGAGCAGCAGCAGAGACGCAUUUCUGAAGAUCACACUGCACUUCCUGAGGAGAAUGAAGCAGGAGGAGCUGGCUGACCGUCUGCACAGCAGAACUGUUGCUGCAGUUUGUCAACGUCAGGUCCAAUCUGCGCUGAAGAAGAAGUAUGAGUGUGUGUUUGAGGGGAUUGCUAAAGCAGGAAACCCGACCCUCCUGAAUCAGAUCUACACAGAGCUCUACAUCACAGAGGGAGGGACUGCAGAGGUCAAUGAAGACCAUGAGGUCAGACAGAUUGAAACAGCAUCCAGAAAACCACACAGACCAGAAACAACAAUCAGACAAGAAGACAUCUUUAAAGCCUCACCUGGAAGAGAUGGACCAAUCAGAACAGUGAUGACAAAGGGAGUGGCUGGCAUUGGGAAAACAGUCUUAACACAGAAGUUCACUCUGGACUGGGCUGAAGACAAAGCCAACCAGGACGUCCACUUCACAUUUCCAUUCACUUUCAGAGAGCUGAAUGUGGUGAAGGAGAAAAAGUUCAGCUUGGUGGAACUCAUUCAUCUCUUCUUUACUGAAACCAAAGAAGCAGGAAUCUGCAGGUUUGAAGAGUUCCAGGUUGUGUUCAUCUUUGACGGUCUGGAUGAGUGUCGACUUCCUCUGGACUUCCACAACAAUGAGAUCCUGACUGAUGUCACAGAGUCCACCUCAGUGGAUGUGCUGCUGACAAACCUCAUCAGGGGGAAUCUGCUUCCCUCUGCUCGCCUCUGGAUAACCACACGACCUGCAGCAGCCAAUCAGAUCCCUCCUGAGUGUGUCGACAUGGUGACAGAGGUCAGAGGGUUCACUGACCCACAGAAGGAGGAGUACUUCAGGAAGAGAUCCAGAGAUGAGGAGCAGGCCAGCAGAAUCAUCUCCCACAUCAAGACAUCACGAAGCCUCCACAUCAUGUGCCACAUCCCAGUCUUCUGCUGGAUCACUGCUACAGUUCUGGAGGAUAUGUUGAAGACCAGAGAGGGAGGAGAGCUGCCCAAGACCCUGACUGAGAUGUCCAUCCACUUCCUGGUGAUUCAGUCCAAAGUGAAGAACAUCAAGUAUGAUGGAGGAGAUGGGACAGAUCCACAGUGGAAUGAAAAGAGCAGGAAGAUGAUUAAGUCUCUGGGAAAACUGGCUUUUGAGCAGCUGCUGGAAGGCAACCUGAUCUUCUAUGAAUCAGACCUGACAGACUGUGGCAUCGACAUCAGAGCAGCCUCGGUGUACUCAGGAGUGCUCACACAGAUCUUUGUAGAAGAGAGAGGACUGUACCAGAACAAGGUGUUCUGCUUUGUCCAUCUGAGUGUUCAGGAGUUUCUGGCAGCUCUUCAUGUCCAUCAGACAUUCAUCAACUCCGGUGUCAAUCUGAUGUCAGGAAAACCAUCAACUUCCCGGUUGUCUAAUCUGGUUAGAAACAAACCAGAACCAACACGUCUGUACCAAAGUGCUGUGGACAAGGCCUUACGGAGUCCAAAUGGACACCUGGACUUGUUCCUUCGUUUUCUACUGGGUCUUUCACUGCAGACCAAUCAGACUCUACUGCGUGGUCUGAUGGAACGCACAGGAAGUACCUCACAGACCCAUCAGGAAACAGUCGAGUACAUCAAGGAGAAGCUCAGUGAGAACCUGCCUCCAGAGAGGAGCAUCAAUCUGUUCCACUGUCUGAAUGAACUGAAUGAUGGCUCUCUGGUGGAGAAGAUCCAACAGUCCCUGAGGUCAGGAAGUCUCUCCACAGACAAACUGUCUCCAGCUCAGUGGUCAGCUCUGGCCUUCAUCUUACUGUCAUCAGAAGAAGAUCUGGAUGUGUUUGACCUGAACAAAUACUCUGCUUCAGAGAAGGUUCUUCUGAGGCUGCUGCCUGUAGUCAAAGCCUCCAACAAAGCUCUAUUGAGUGGUUGUAACCUCUCAGAGAGGAGCUGUGAAGCUCUGUCCUCAGUCCUCAGCGCCCAGUCCUCUAGUCUGAGAGAGCUGGACCUGAGUAACAACCACCUGCAGGAUUCAGGAGUGAAGCUGCUGUCUGCCGGUUUGGAGAGUCCACACUGUACACUGGAGACUCUCAGGCUGAGUGGUUGUAACCUCUCAGAGAGGAGCUGUGAAGCUCUGUCCUCAGUCCUCAGCUCCCAGUCCUCUAGUCUGAGAGAGCUGGACCUGAGUAACAAUGACCUGAUGGACACAGGAGUGAAGCUGCUGUCUGCUGGACUGAAGAGUCCACACUGUACACUGGAGACUCUCAGGCUGUCAGGCUGUAUGAUCACACAGGAAGGCUGUACUUCUUUGGCCUCAGCUCUGAGAUCCAACCCCUUGUAUCUGAGAGAACUGGACCUGAGCUACAAUCAUCCAGGAGACUCAGGAGUGAAGCUGCUGUCUGCUGGACUGCAGGAUCCACGCUGGAGACUGGACACUCUCAGGGUGGAACCUGGUGGAGAUCAGUGGCUGAAACCUGGACUGAGGAAGUAUGCCUGUGAACUCACAGUGGACACAAACACAGUAAACACAAACCUCAAACUGUCUGACAACAACAGGAAGGUGACAUUUGAGACAGAGGAGCAGCCUCAUCCUGAUCACCCAGAGAGGUUUGACUACUGUCAGCUGCUGUGUAGAACUGGUCUGACUGGUCGUCAUUACUGGGAGGUCGAGUGGAGUGGAGGAGUUUAUUUAUCAGUGGCUUACAGAGGAAUCAGAAGGAAAGGAUACAGUGAUGACUGUCUGUUUGGAGGGAAUCAUCAGUCCUGGAGUCUGAGGUGCUCUGAUGAUGGUUUCUCUGUGUGGCACAAUAAGAGAAGAACAGACCUCCGUUCCUCCCCCUCCUCCCCCUCCCCCUCCUCCUCCUCCCCCUCCUCCUCCCCCUCCUCUGUCUCUCACAGAGUUGCAGUGUAUGUGGACUGUCCUGCAGGCACUCUGUCCUUCUACAGAGUCUCCUGUGACACUCUGAUCCACCUCCACACCUUCAACGCCACAUUCACUGAACCUCUUUUUCCUGGCUUUGGGCGCUGGUUUGGCUCCUCCUCAGUGUCUCUGUGCUCAGUGUAGGAGGGAUAAAACAUUAAAUGUUAAAUUUAGAAAUGUUUUAUUGUUUUGUUUGGUGUUUUUGUUGAUGAUUUCAAAUCAUUUAAAUAUUUUACUUUUUUUCUGGGGGAAAGUUUCACCCACAGAGUGUAGAGCAACUCAGAUUCAGUUUGACCUAAUGACGCAGUUUUAGCUGAUCUUCAUAAACAUGUGGUUUCAAUCAUUUCACUUCAUUUUUAAAGCAUUUUUGUUUUUAUUCUUAAGCUCCUCACAAACAGGAGUGACGGGAAGUUUAACCCGUCAAAACAAUCAGAAAACUCAGUUGAAAAAGAAAAAAAAGAAAACCAAACAGAAAAGUAUUGAACUGUGCCUGUAAAUUCCUGAUUAUUUUCUGUUACACAGCGUCUCUGUGCUAUUUCUAGUCAGGCGUGCUACAUGACAGCUCGGGGUCCUGAUGCCGACGAGCAGCCCAGGGUCCUAGUGCCGUUAGAUCAGGGUUGUGUGUGCGGCAGAGUGUAUGUUACGUCCGUAUUGCCCUCAUGAGUUAAUGAAGGGAUGCGCUUGUGAAGAAGUAAGUGGUGGAUAACACGUAGCGGUUGUUUGUGUCAAUGAAUGUUGCGUUUAUCCCGCGUUUGUUCUGUUGAGAAGUACUUUCUUUCACUGUGUAACUCCAGCCGAGCUAACACAGGUCGGCUAGCGAUGCUAAUUACGUGGAAUUGCACGAGUGUGUGUGUGUGUGCGUGACGUGCGCGAGCUCAGCUAAGUUAUUAUCUGUUAACGUUUCAUUGUAUUUCAGUUGUAUUGCUGUGUGUCGCUGCAGUAUGGAGUUAGGAUGAGAAACCUUAAUCUUAAUAUGUAAAGGUUUGUAAUAUUGUGGAUAUUUCUGAAUUGUUUAUAGUUUAUACCUUUCCUUUCCUCCACCUUUCUGGCAUUCUGUAACCCUGCAUUCAACUUCAUAUAAAGACCCAUAAAGAAA